GUGAGCCUCCUGCUAGUGGUGACGGGGACGCACUGCCCAAGAUGGCGGUGACGCGCUACCGGCGCUUCUUGAAGCUCUGUGAGGAGUGGCCCGUGGAGGAAACGAAACGUGGGCGUGACUUGGGCACCUUCUUGCGGCAGCGGGUGGCCCAGGCCUUCCGAGAGGGAGAGAACACGCAGAUUGCUGAUCCCGUGACCUGUGAUGAAAUGUACGAGAGUCUAGCUAGAAUCCAUACCAACUAUUAUAAAAACAAG